GACAGAGGGGGAGUGGCCAUUACGGAGAGGGGAGGAGUUAGGGCAGAGAGGGGGAGGGGCCAGACAGCACAGAAUGGAUAUAAAAGACUGUGGAGCUGCUGCAUCCAGAUCAUCUGCAGACGGCGGUUCUGUGAGAUUCCUGAAUACAGCAGCAGCUCCUGAGGAAGAUUUCAUCUCAACUCUGAAAAUGAGCAAAGAAGGAAAGGAGGAACCACUGAAGCUGGUGUUGCUGGGCUCCACGAAUAUGGGAAAGAGCACAACUGGUAACACCAUCCUGGGCGGUGAUGUCUUUCCUUCUGGGGUCGGCAUGUCUGACACGACGCGGAGUUCGUGUGGAAAAAUGGGAAAGGUGGACGGGAGAGAGGUGAUGGUGGUGGACACUCCGGCCAUGUAUAAGAGUGGUCUCAACGAUACUGUGUUGAAAGAAGAGCUGAAGACCGCCCUGCUCUGCUGUGAUCCAGGACCCCAUGUCUUUCUCUUCGUCGUUGCUCUGGGAUCUUUCUCAGAGAAGCAUGGUGAGAUACUGAAAAAAGUGAAUAAGACGUUGCGUUCAGAUGUUAGCUCCUUCUCCAUGGUGCUCUUCACUAAUGGUGAGAAGCUGAAGCCAGAAGAUAAGAUAGAUCAUAUUAUUGAAAAGAAUCAGGGCUUGAAGGAACUGAUUGAGAGUUGUGGGGGGCGUUACAAGGUAUUCAGUAAUGAAGACAAGGAAAGUAAUCAGGUCGAAGAGCUUCUAGAUCAGAUUGAUGAUGAGAUGAAAAAGAGAAACCCUGAGAAUAAGCAUUACACAAGUCCUAUCACCAAGGAAAAGAUCACCUGGGUAACUAAAUACUGUACUCUUCAUACCCUGGCGCUCGUGGGGGGUUCAGCUGUUAUGAUGCUCAGCAAGAGUUCUGCUCUUGCAAAUGUGGUGGAGCAGCUCGGCCUCGGUGAUACGGUCAUGGCGUUCGAUUUCGACUACGUCAUGCAAACCGUAGAGUCGGUUGUAGGCCUGUUCUGA